AUGUUAUCCAAUACUGCCGCGACCUCCGAAGUCUACAUGAUGCUGGACGACCUCCGGUUUUCUGAAGACGGGAAUAUUGUUACCUUCAUGGCCCAGGAAGGAACUCACCUGCACAUGUACCUGGAUAAAGUUGAAGAAGUCCGCCUUAUUCACCGCAUGAACGAUGAGGGGCUUCCCAGCUACUCGGUAUGGUUCAUGGACGAGAACCUGGAUCCGGUGCUGCGGAUAUACCUUCGCAAAUCCGAGGAAGACGACACCAACCAGCCGCGCCACGAUCUGUUCAUGGCCCUGCUGGACAAGUACGGGACGACAUUGAGCACGAAGUAG